GUCUUCGAGGGCCAAUACAGUAGUUUAAUUAUUCACCUCAGUGAUUCCUUUAUAUUCCUUACGGAGUUUUUCCGUUGCAAAGCAAUAUCCGGACAAGCAGCCUUCCGUUUCCGGUUGGCAUGUUGCCGUGGUAACUGGGAUGCACAGCCGCGGAGGUUAUGGCGGGGCUGAGCAGUGCGCCCAUCCCCGACGGGGAGUUCACCGCGGUCGUGUACCGGCUCAUCCGGGAUGCCCGCUACGCCGAAGCCGUGCAGCUGCUGGGCGGAGAGCUCCAGCGGAGCCCGAGGAGCCGCGCCGGCCUGUCGCUGCUGGGCUACUGCUACUACCGCCUUCAGGAGUUCGCGCUGGCCGCCGAGUGCUAUGAGCAGCUGGGCCAGCUGCACCCGGAGCUGGAGCAGUACCGCCUGUACCAGGCCCAGGCCCUGUACAAGGCUUGCCUUUACCCAGAGGCCACCCGCGUCGCCUUCCUCCUCCUGGACAACCCCGCCUACCACAACCGGGUCCUCCGUCUCCAAGCCGCGAUCAAGUACAGCGAGGGCGAUCUGCCCGGGGCCAGGAGCCUGGUGGAGCAGCUACUGAGUGGGGAAGGAGGAGAAGACAGCAGGGGCGAGAACGAGCUCGAUGGCCAGGUCAACCUGGGCUGUUUGCUCUACAAGGAGGGACAUUAUGAAGCCGCAUGUUCCAAGUUCUCUGCUGCCUUGCAGGCUUCGGGCUACCGGCCUGACCUUUCCUACAACCUGGCUUUGGCCUAUUACAGCAGCCGGCAGUAUGCAUCCGCGCUGAAGCAUAUCGCCGACAUUAUUGAGCACGGCAUCCGCCAGCACCCAGAGCUGGGUGUGGGCAUGACCACUGAGGGCAUUGAUGUUCGAAGUGUUGGCAACACCUUAGUCCUUCACCAGACUGCUCUGGUGGAAGCCUUCAACCUCAAGGCCGCCAUAGAAUACCAACUGAGAAACUAUGAGGUGGCCCAGGAAACCCUCACGGAUAUGCCUCCGAGGGCAGAGGAAGAGUUAGACCCUGUGACCCUGCACAACCAGGCGCUAAUGAACAUGGAUGCCAGGCCUACAGAAGGGUUUGAGAAGCUACAGUUUUUGCUCCAACAGAAUCCCUUUCCCCCAGAGACCUUUGGCAACCUGUUGCUGCUCUACUGUAAAUAUGAGUAUUUUGACCUGGCAGCAGAUGUCCUGGCAGAGAAUGCCCAUUUGACUUACAGGUUCCUCACACCCUAUCUCUAUGACUUCUUGGAUGCCAUGAUCACUUGCCAGACAGCUCCUGAAGAGGCUUUCAUUAAGCUUGAUGGGCUAGCAGGGAUGCUGACUGAACAGCUCCGGAAACUCACCAAACAAGUGCAGGAAGCAAGACACAACAGAGAUGAUGAUGCUGUCAAAAAGGCAGUGAAUGAAUAUGAUGACACCCUUGAGAAGUAUAUUCCCGUGCUGAUGGCCCAGGCCAAAAUCUACUGGAACCUUGACAAUUAUCCAAUGGUGGAAAAGAUCUUCCGCAAAUCUGUGGAAUUCUGUAAUGACCAUGAUGUGUGGAAGCUGAAUGUGGCUCAUGUUCUGUUCAUGCAGGAAAACAAAUACAAAGAAGCCAUAGGUUUUUAUGAGCCCAUAGUCAAGAAGCAUUAUGACAACAUCCUGAAUGUCAGUGCUAUUGUGCUGGCUAACCUGUGUGUUUCAUAUAUUAUGACAAGUCAAAACGAAGAAGCCGAGGAGUUGAUGAGGAAGAUUGAAAAGGAGGAAGAGCAGCUCUCCUAUGAGGACCCAGAGAAGAAAAUCUACCAUCUCUGCAUUGUGAAUUUGGUGAUAGGGACGCUUUAUUGUGCCAAAGGAAAUUAUGACUUUGGUAUUUCUCGGGUUAUCAAAAGCUUGGAACCUUAUAAUAAAAAACUGGGAACUGAUACCUGGUAUUACGCCAAAAGAUGCUUCCUGUCAUUAUUAGAAAACAUGUCAAAACACAUGAUUGUGCUUCGUGACAGUGUUAUUCAAGAAUGUGUCCAGUUUCUAGAACACUGUGAACUUUAUGGCAGGAACAUACCUGCUGUUAUUGAACAACCCUUGGAAGAAGAAAGAAUGCAUAUUGGAAAGAAUACAGUCACUUAUGAAUCCAGACAAUUAAAAGCUUUGAUUUAUGAGAUUAUAGGUUGGAAUAUGUAGUAAUGUCUAAUAAUGGCUUUUAUCAAAAUGGCUCUGUUAACUAUACAUAUUUGCAACUCUUUUAUCUGUU